CUAAAUCCUGUCCCCAAUAUUGCCUUUCUCUCCAGAGAGGAGUGGAAAAGUUGCGAAGUGGACAAAGAGCCAGGGAUAAGCAUCCAUACGGAGUGUUUCAAACUAGAUAACCGAGUGGGCGGCGGUGUCUUCUCAGCAGAACUAUAUACCAAAAUCGUCUUCCGUCUACCAGACCACUGCAGUGUCUCCCAAGCGGAGAUCACAGCAAUUAAAGAAAGUCUUCUUGUACUGACAAGGAGUGUGAUCACAACAAGAAAUAUAUUUAUAUAUAUAGACAGUCAGGCGGCUUUGAAAUCUCUAAUGUUUAAUAACAUUUUGUCUAAGAUAGUAAAAGAAUGUCUUGAUAUCCUAGCGGAUCUGUCAUCCUAUUUCAAGAUAAACCUGCAAUGGGUCCCAAGACACAAUGACAUCUCCGAGAACUGUGCAGCAGUGAAAAUAGCCAGAAUAGGCACCACCCUACAACUAGAUUCUGGUAAAGAGGGCAUAUAUAUGCUUCUGGCUACUUGUAGAUACUCAAUCGCCAAACAUGUCAUAAAGAUAGCUGAGUCUCAGUGGAAUCAGUCUCUGACUUGCUCAAGAAGCAGGAAAACGUGA